CUAAGUGACAGGACAAGGACAAAGAAAAUGCAAAUGCAUCAUCAGAAUUUGAAUUCAGCCGCCAUUCUCGUUUUGAUUUGAGGUCUCGAUCGAUCGGAUUAGGGUUUCCUUCUCGAGGGGGUUUUGCUUUUCUUUGCGCAAGAACUAAUCCGAACGACAGAUCCUGUUUCUCGCCGAGAGAGAUGAAGCGGUCCGCAAGAGCUGAAUCCUCAAAUCGUAAGCAACAAAAUGCCAAGAGAGUUGAGGAGCUGGAGCAAGAGAAGAAAUCUUUGCAGAAAGAAGUUGAUGAGCUGAGGCACAAAUUUGCAAAUAUGUCAGUCCCUUCUGAUGGUGGAGCUCAAAAUCUGGAAGAUGGUUAUCUUGAAAAAUUGAAUAAACUUGAAGCGCAGGUUUUGGAGUUGAGGAAGAAACUGGAAACUCAGUCUCAACUCUUAAAGCAAAAGCAAGCAAGCGAUGAGGCAGCAAAACGGUUGCAAGUUGAGAUUUGGAGGAUUAGGUCUCAAAAGGCUCAACUGCAGCGUAAGAUCAAGGAAGACUCUGUGCAGUUCAGAUCAUGGAAGGCAUUACAGCAAAAAGAAGUUCUUCAGCUUAAAAAAGAAGGAAGGAGGACCAACUAUGGGAUGCAAAAGCUUUUUGCUUUAAACCAGAGGCAGAAGAUGGUUUUGCUGCGAAAGACAAAAGAAGCUUCAAUGGCUACAAAAUGGCUUAAAGAGCUAUUGGCAUCUCGAAAGGCUUCAUCAUGUGGUAGCAAUGCUAAUGAUUCCAGACUUCAGGCAAUUGAGCAGAGGGUUGAAAUCACAGAACGUUUAAACAAAGUACGUUUUGAAUGUGAGCGUCAAAUGGAAGAGAGGGUUAGGAUGGCCGAGGAGGCUGCUAAGUUCAAGGAAGAAGCGGAUGUGCUGAUGCAAAAAAAUUUAUUGGAUAUGUUACAGGAUAAAGAAGCUGACUGCAAGGAGAAGGAUUUAGAAAUAAGAGACCUGAGAGAAGAAGUAGCCAAGCUUAAUGGUUUGGUGGGACAACUAAAUAUAAAAAAUGAAGAAUUCAUGAAUACUGAGAAUUCAGAGGGACCUGGGAGAUCCCUAAUGUUAGAAUCUCUGGUGAGCAAUGCUGAGUCUUUGGAGGGUAUGUUUACAUCUGAAUUGGAACAUUCAGGCAUGGACACAUCUAAUAAUGAUUGGACAGAUUCAGGUAAAAGGUCAGCUGAGAGAUUGAAUUCUCAGGAUAUAGAUUUUUCUUCCGGUGAGGAAAUUUUUGCUGCACCUGGGAAAACUGUAUCGGAAGCAUGCUGCUCAUGUAGCAAAAAAUCUUCAUGCAAAACAAUGAAAUGCAAGUGCCGAGCUAGUGGGGGAUUUUGCAGUACAUCAUGUGGGUGUGCAUUGAAAAAGUGUGCCAAUAGAGAAGCGUGUUUGGUCAAGGAGUUGAAUAGUUCACAACAUUCAGAAAUGGCUGAUAGCAGUGUUCGAAAUAGUUCUGGCAAUGCUGAAACAGAGAGGACUGGCAUCCAAGCUUCUCAUGGUGCAGCACUACUUCAGGGUGCAUCACUUGAGAAACCUGCUGAUAUGAAUGCUGAUCAUGGAACAAGACCUAAGCCAUUGUCUGAUAUUGGUAACAUCAAGGUAAAACCAUGUCGGAGAAAGAAAAAGCAGAAUCACUAGUUCAGUUUGCUCUACUAGUUCCCACCACCUUGGAAUUGCUGAUCACCAAAUCACUGAACAGGUCUAUCAAGCAGACCACCUUUUAAGGUUAAAAGAGGAUUUUGAUAAGCUAAAUGGAACUCUACCAUUGGUGGAUGGGGAGGCCAGCGCUCAGGCGGCAAAAGCAACAAAAUGAGAAGAGACCGUGAAGUUUUUGAAUUGUUUUGGUUGCACAGUUUUAACAGUUGUGCUUUGAGAUCUGGUUGAUCUGUUGGACUUUGGGAAUUUAACACAGGAAAGGUAUUGUGACUUGUCAGGAUUACAUCAAUCCUUCACCCAAAUGAGUUUACCUAGCUAUUAGAAGGUUACAAGUUCAAAGUUUCUGGUAUGGACCGUGUUGACAAAUGAUGCUGUUUUGUUAUUGCUUUUGGAAUUUCUUUUUAAAGUGCAGAUGGAUUUCUUUGCACCUGCCAAGGCAAGAACUUCUGUCAAUCAUGAGAAAUUGGAGUUUGGAAUUUGGAUUCUUCUUCUUCUU